AGCUCAUCUGCUCUAAAUAGAGGUCCUUCAACUCCGGCGCAUGUUUUGUAUCCCUUCCUCGCAAAGCUGGCUGACAAGUGCCAAAACACCGGCGUGUCACUGAAAUGUGGGUGUCAUGACAUGGGUUUGAGGCCUCCCUGCAACCAUACCUUGAUUGCAUUGAGACCCGGGGAUGUCUCGUCCUGCUCCCUCCCCAAUCUACACCCUGAGGGGGGCUGGCGGGCCCCUCAACACCCUCCACUUCAGCUGCCAUGGAAGGGACACUCCCCUCCUAUUUUCUGGGUCAGGGAAGGGUGCCAUCCAUAUGUGGAACCUGGACACCAGGCGGGCUCAGAAGAUUGUAGAAGGUCAUUCUGGUAGCUCGGUCAUCUGGGUCAGCACACUGCAGGCGACGGACACCCUCAUCAGUCAGGGACGGGACAUGCAGGUCUGCCUGUGGGAUCUGAGCGAAGGGCGGAGUGCGGUGAUGGACUCUGUGUGGACCGGCAGCGUUGGAUUCUGUCAGCCCUCCAUGCUGGAGACGAGCCCUGGGACGCGUCUGCUGGCCUUCGCUGGACAACAGACAGAAGAGAUCAAGAUUGUUGAGCUACCCAGUAAGAGCCCAGUCUGCACUCUGGUACCAGACGCUAAGCUGGGGAUGGUCAUGUGUAUCAAACUGUGGCAGCCAGACUCGGGUCCCGGACCUCUCCUGCUGGCUGGAUACGAGGACGGUUCCCUGUUGCUGUGGGACGUAACCCAGAGGUCCAAGCUGAGCCAAGCCAAAGCCCACCCUGAGCCCGUCAUGUGCCUGACCUUUGACACCAACCGUCUGAGGGGCAUAUCUGGCUCCUCUGAGAAGAAACUCUCCCCCUGGAUGCUGGACAGACAGAACAACCUGCAGCUCCAGGAGUGUGUGACGCUGGUCAACCCUGGAGUUUCCCAGCUGUGUGUCAGGGGGGACGGUAAGCUCCUGGCAUCAGCGGGCUGGGACCAUCGAGUGCGAGUAUUCGGCUGGAAGAAGCUGCGCCCGCUGGCAGUGCUUCAGUACCACACCGACAUGGUGCUAAGUGUGGCCUUCUCUGACCACCAGGACCCCAGGCAAAGACUGCUGGCUGCUGGAUCCAAGGACCAGCGGAUCAGCCUGUGGUCAAUAUACAACGAGGGAGCGGACACUAGCUGAGCCUCUGAGUCUGGGAGGAUAUUUGGACUUUUACUCAAUACUUUCUGUUGAUGUUGGUUUGACACCAAAUGGCAAUAGUCCAGUGUAAUGGUUUGAUAAAUGGACUGCGUAUAUUAUGUUUAGCUAUACUUUCGUCUCUUUCAUUUUGAGCUCCUACAUUGAUGUCGUCCUCUAGCGCCAAGCGUUAUUGACGGGUGGAAGCAAAGCCCAUAAAUAACAAUGGCUAAUUGUUUUGUCAUGAAUUACGUCAUUACACGCGGACGGUUUCCGCCUUCUGAGUGGUGUUGAAAUGAAUCAUUGCAUCGAUGCAUCGCGAUGCGGACCUGGACGAUUCUACAUCGAUGCAGUAACAGACCAUAAUCGAUUAUGGCCUGCUGAUGAUACUACUGAUGUUGAUUUUCCGGUUGCUGCUUUUUAAAAAUUUUAUUUAAAAGGGACAACACACAUUAAUCAACAUGAGUACAUAGUCCAACAUGUAAAUGUGCCACAUUUAGCCAUACAGGCUAAUUUUCAUCUGCAGUCCUUAGCAGGUUAAUGGCUUAAAACAAUAGAUAAGCUACAACAAUACAGCAAAUACACAUAAAACAAGAAAGACAGGCAUAGACGAGUAAAAUGACACAACCACUAGUCCAGAUCAUGACAACUGGCAGGUUGAUGGCAUGAGAAAAACACAACACAUGUAUCAUACACAGUAGAAACAGGUAAAAGUGCAUAGACAAACAUUAGAACACAUCAACAACACCUAAGCACACGCAGAGACACUACUGUAGCGAUAAAGACAAACACAUUACAUUCAGUUUUUGCCUUUUGUCUGUUGUCUGCUGUGUUCGGACGCCACUACAUAUAGGAAGUGUCUUUUUUUUAAGAGCGGAUACAAUAAAAAAGGGGAGUUCAUAUACUGUAUAUCUGACCGCUUGAAUUUGUUAAUGAAAACCAUGUAUAGCAAUAUAUAAUAAUUUUGAAGAUUGGACGCAUCGUGAUGCAUCGUGAAAUUGAGUUGAAUCGUUAUCAGGGUAAUUGUAAUCAAAUUAAAUCAUGAGACCAGUUAAGAUUCGCACCCCUAGUUUUGCACACCUGUCUCCCCUGAGCUCUGAAGAACAAGAAAGAUGCAGCAGUAAAAAAAGGAAAUACUUAUAAAUAAUAAUGUGACACCCAUACUGCCCCUGCUCAGUUGUUUACAUUCCUUAAAAAUGCAGUAAUGCUACUAAAUGCAGUAAAGUUACUUGUAAGUAUAGCGGGUGGUUACUGACGUGUCCUCAUUUUGUCCGUAUCGAUAUGAUUUGAAGCUCAUCCUACACAACCAGCCUCGUCUGUUUAUUAAAGUGCUCAUAUUA